GAAGAGAAGAAGCGUCCUCCGGGCCAAAUCUCGACUGCGGUCUCCUCACUGCCAACGCCCGUCCAUCCAUCCAUAAUGCGAGAAAUAGUGCAUCUGCAAGCCGGCCAGUGCGGUAACCAGAUCGGAGCCAAGUUCUGGGAGGUGAUCAGUGAUGAGCAUGGCAUCGACCCAACUGGCACCUACCAUGGAGACAGCGACCUGCAGCUAGACAGGAUCAAUGUGUACUACAAUGAGGCCUCAGGUGGGAAGUAUGUCCCCCGUGCCAUUCUGGUGGAUCUGGAGCCGGGCACCAUGGACUCUGUCAGGUCUGGCCCCUUCGGACAGAUCUUCAGGCCAGACAACUUUGUCUUUGGCCAGAGUGGAGCUGGAAACAACUGGGCCAAGGGCCACUACACAGAGGGAGCAGAGCUGGUAGACUCUGUCAUGGAUGUAGUGAGGAAGGAGGCAGAGAGCUGUGACUGCCUCCAGGGCUUCCAGCUCACCCACUCCCUGGGUGGGGGUACUGGCUCUGGCAUGGGCACCCUGCUCAUCAGCAAGAUCCGCGAGGAGUACCCUGACCGCAUCAUGAACACCUUCAGCGUGGUGCCCUCUCCCAAAGUGUCCGACACAGUGGUGGAGCCCUACAACGCCACCCUCUCUGUGCAUCAGCUGGUGGAGAACACAGAUGAGACCUUCUGCAUCGACAACGAAGCCCUCUACGACAUCUGCUUCCGCACUCUCAAGCUCACCACACCCACCUAUGGAGACCUCAACCACCUGGUGUCAGCCACCAUGAGUGGAGUGACCACCUGCCUUCGUUUCCCUGGCCAGCUCAACGCCGACCUCCGCAAACUGGCUGUCAACAUGGUGCCCUUCCCCCGCCUGCACUUCUUCAUGCCCGGCUUCGCCCCCCUCACCAGRAGGGGGAGCCAGCAGUACCGCGCCCUGUCCGUGCCUGAGCUCACCCAGCAGAUGUUCGACUCCAAGAACAUGAUGGCGGCCUGRGACCCUCGUCACGGCCGUUACCUCACCGUGGCCGCCAUCUUCCGUGGCCGCAUGUCCAUGAAGGAGGUGGACGAGCAGAUGCUCAACGUCCAGAACAAGAACAGCAGCUACUUUGUGGAAUGGAUCCCCAACAAC